AAAGAAGAAGCAGGACUUAAAACAGCUGUGACUUGUUUUUCAUUUCAUAUUAAUUAUGCAUUUAAACAAUGUUUAUAUUACCGUGGGCACUACCAAAUUCGAUGCCCUGAUAUUAGCUGUGACUUCGGAACCAGCUCUAAAAGCUCUGCAUAAUCGAAAAUGCACUAAACUUGUCAUACAACACGGAAAUUCGGAACCUUUGACGGUAGACGAUUCCCAACUAAUAAGAAAAAACUAUGGAAUCCAGAUCGAGCAAUAUAAAUUCCGGCCAAAUAUAGAGGAUAUCAAAUCUGCGGACCUAAUUAUUGGACAUGCAGGAGCCGGAACAUGUAUGGAUAUACUUAAUAACGAAAAACAUGGGCUAAUUGUGAUAAAUGAUACUCUCAUGGAUAAUCAUCAACUGGAGUUGGCCAAACAAUUGGCCUCUGAAAACUAUCUGUACUACUGCAAAGUUAAUGAUUUGGAUGCCCACCUGGCCUCUCUGGACUUUGAAGCUCUGAAACCGUACGAGACGCAACCGGAAAAUCUUAAAAAAUUUGUUUCUGCCAUUAAUGAGCUGAUGUCAUUCUGAAAAAAACUUAUCCAGAAAAGAUAAACAAUUUUUAUAGCCAACCCCCAGCGGGGCUAACCUUUGCUAUUUAUUUAUGAGUUUACAAGUAUAGUUAAUAAACACGAGAACGUCUAUGAAGAA